AUGGAAAAAUUAGAGGCAUGCCGGUUAUCCCUGCAGGAUUGGAGCAAACACUUAUUUGGCAACAUCCGCCGCAUGCUACAACAAAAGAAAAAAUUGCUAAUGCAGGCGGAAGCAAAUGCCAUGAACGGAUCCAACCAUUCCCAUGUGAGAAGAUUGAGGGCUGAGGUGCAUGAUCUAAUGAUCAAGGAGGAGUGCCUAUGGUUGCAAAGAUCAAGGGUGAAUUGGCUGAAAGCGGGGGACCUUAACACAGCCUAUUUCCACAGCCGUGCAAACCAGAGAAAUCGAAGAAAUUUCAUCUCCAAACUGACCCUAGAUAGUGGGGAAGUGGUGGAGGAUGAACAGAAGAUCGGGGAGGCGUUUGUGCACUAUUUCCAAUCCAUCUUCCAGUCAGCCAACACAGUCGGGUUUGAUCCAAUCCUCCAGGGGAUUGAACCAAAAGUGACAACGCAAAUGAAUGCCGAACUUAACCAGCCUUUCACAGCCAUGGAGGUAGAGCAAGCACUCAAGCAAAUGAAACCUAUGACAGCCCCUGGUCCGGAUGAAGGUCUUCACUCUUUAAUUCAACAGGCAGCUGAUAAUGGAGAACUACGGGGGAUGUCUCUUUGCAAAGAAGGGCCAAAAAUUACGCAUUUAUUCUUUGGGGAUGAUAGUUUGCUCUUUUGUAGAGCAAAGGAUCCAGAUUGCCAAAAAGUAUUGAAUAUCCUCACAGUGUAUGAAGAAGCGACUGGUCAGAAAAUCAACCGUGACAAAACUCAAUUAUUCUUCAGCACAAACACACAAGAAGACAUCAAGAAUAGGGUGAAGGUCUUGGUGGGAGUUGAGGAGGUGACUCAAUAUGAAAAAUAUUUGGGUAUGCCAUCAUUUGUGGGGAGAGCAAAAAAAGAAACCUUCAGCUACAUUAGGGAGAGAGUGUGGCACAAAAUCCAAGGCUGGAAAGAAAAACUCCUAUCACAAGCGGACCGGGAGAUUUUAAUCAAAGCAGUCAUCCAAGCAAUGCCGACCUUCACUAUGGGAUGUUUCAAACUCCCCAAAAAUUUGUGCAAAGACAUUGAAGCACUGACUAGAAAGUUUUGGUGGGGGUACUUGGGUGAGGCAAGGAAAAUCCAUUGGAUAGCAUGGAAAAAACUUUGCCUACCAAAACUACAUGGUGGCUUGGGAUUUAGGGAAUUGGAAAAAUUCAAUCUUGCUCUCCUAGGCAAACAGGUUUGGAGACUAAUUCAUAAUACCGAUUCCAUGUUCUACAAAGUCUUCAAAGCAAGAUUUUUCCCUACAUGCUCGGUUCUUGAAAGUGGGGUAAAAACGAAUGGAUCAUAUGCUUGGCAAAGCAUUCUCAAAGCGAGGGAGGUAGUCAAGCAAGGAGCAUAUUGGUGGAUUGGGGAUGGCACUAAAGUGCAGAUUAGGGGUGAUAAGUGGCUGCCUGAUAAAUCAACAAAACACAUCAUCUCUCCUCAAAAAAACCUCCCUAUGAAUGCAAAGGCGGGAGUUGGAGCAGUAGUUAGAGAUGCGGACGGACGGGUCUGUGGUGCUAUUUCAGAUAGAAUGGCACUAACGGGAAUAGUGGAAGAGGUCGAGGCCAUCGCGUGUAGAACAACCGUACGUUUCGCACUUCAGCUUGGACUUGCAGACGUGGUGUUUGAAGGGGAUUCUGAAACCAUCACAGCAGCGAUCAAUUCAAGCUCUCCGUGCUUCAACUCAUUUGGUCAUAUCCUGGAUGAAGUGAGAAAACUGGCACUGAACUUUGUAUCAGUUUCAUUUGUUCAUGUAAAGAGGCAGGGGAAUAUCGUCGCAGAUAAGCUGGCUGAGGCGUCGAAAACCAUACCUUGCCCCCAUGUUUGGUUGAAUGACAUCCCAAGUGAUGUGCAACAGCUUGUAAUCCUUGAUAGUACCUUUGAUGAAUAA